AGCGCAUGCGCAGCACAGAGUCCCGGCCCGGGACACAAGAUGGCGGCAGCGGCGCUGGGGAGGGCGAGGCGGAGGCGGCUAAACGGGCGGUCGAGCAGAACGUGUAGUCGCGUCCCCUCGAGUCCGCUCCGGGCAGGAUUCUGAUUGGUGCAUUCCUGAGACGCUCCUGCUCGUCUUCCUCCAAUCCCGGAAUCGGACCGUCUUUACUUUCUGCUGCUGACCCAAGGAAUCCCCUGGGGCCCCUCCACCACACUGCUGACCUGCCCAUCCACCUGUGCUGAGCCUUCCUGCAGGCAGGCCUCCCUCCUGCCUUUGUGGGACCUUGUGACGUGGGGGUCCAUCCUGCCAGAGAAGAAAACCUUCUCAUGCUAGCAUUGCAGACCCCAGAGGGUCCCGUGUGGGUGCUGAGAUGGCCAAUGAGAAUCACGGCAGCCCCCGGGAGGAGGCAUCCCUGCUGAGUCACUCCCCGGGCACAUCCAAUCAGAGCCAGCCUUGCUCUCCAAAGCCUAUCCGCCUGGUACAGGACCUCCCAGAGGAACUGGUGCAUGCAGGCUGGGAGAAGUGCUGGAGCAGGAGGGAGAACCGUCCCUACUACUUCAAUCGAUUCACCAACCAGUCACUCUGGGAGAUGCCCGUGCUGGGCCAGCAUGACGUUAUUUCGGACCCUUUGGGGCUGAAUGCGACCCCACUGCCCCAAGACUCAAGCUUGGUGGAAACCCCCCCGGCUGAGAACAAGCCCAGAAAGCGGCAGCUCUCGGAAGAGCAGCCCAGCGGCAAUGGUGUGAAGAAGCCUAAGAUUGAAAUCCCUGUGGCACCCAUGGCCCAGUCGGUGCCCAGCUCCCCCAGUGUUCCAGGAACCCCAACGCUGAAGAUUUGGGGUACAUCCUCUGAAGAUAAACAGCAGGCAGCUCUUCUGCGACCCACUGAGGUGUACUGGGAUCUGGACAUCCAGACCAACGCCGUCAUCAAGCACCGGGGACCUUCAGAGGUGCUGCCCCCACAUCCUGAAGUGGAGCUGCUCCGCUCCCAGCUCAUCCUGAAGCUUCGGCAGCACUACCGGGAGCUGUGCCAGCAGCGAGAGGGCAUUGAGCCUCCUCGUGAAUCUUUCAACCGCUGGAUGCUGGAGCGCAAGGUGGUGGACAAAGGAUCUGAUCCCCUGUUGCCUAGCAACUGUGAACCAAUUGUGUCUCCUUCCAUGUUUCGCGAAAUCAUGAAUGACAUACCCAUCAGGUUAUCCAGAAUCAAGUUCCGGGAGGAAGCCAAGCGCCUGCUCUUUAAGUAUGCAGAGGCUGCCAGGCGGCUCAUUGAAUCCAGGAGUGCAUCCCCCGACAGCAGAAAAGUGGUCAAGUGGAACGUGGAAGACACCUUCAGCUGGCUACGGAAAGACCACUCAGCCUCCAAGGAGGACUACAUGACCCCUGAUCAGGAGUGUCUCCUCAGGAUCGCCUGGAGCAUCUGCGGAGGCAGUGUGGCCCGCAUGUCUCGGCUGCAGCCAAGGACUCAGUGGAAGGCAUCUGUAGCAAGAUCUACCACAUCUCUCUCGAGUAUGUCAAGCGUAUCCGUGAGAAGCAUCUUGCCAUCCUCAAGGAAAACAACAUCCCAGGAGGUGGAGGCCCCCGAGGUAGAGCCCCGCCUGGUGUAUUGCUACCCCGUGCGGCUGGCCGUGUCUGCACCCCCGAUGCCCAGUGUGGAGAUGCAUAUGGAGAAUAACGUGGUCUGCAUCCGCUAUAAGGGAGAGAUGGUCAAGGUCAGCCGCAACUACUUCAGCAAGCUGUGGCUCCUUUAUCGCUAUAGCUGCAUUGAUGACUCUGCCUUUGAGAGGUUCCUGCCCCGGGUCUGGUGUCUUCUCCGACGGUACCAGAUGAUGUUUGGUGUGGGCCUCUACGAGGGGACAGGCCUGCAGGGAUCGCUGCCCGUGCACGUCUUUGAGGCCCUCCACCGGCUCUUUGGCGUCAGCUUUGAGUGCUUCGCUUCGCCCCUCAACUGCUACUUCCGCCAGUACUGCUCUGCCUUUCCCGACACAGACGGCUACUUUGGCUCCCGCGGGCCCUGCCUGGACUUCUCCCCGCUGAGUGGCUCCUUCGAGGCCAACCCUCCGUUCUGCGAGGAGCUCAUGGAUGCCAUGGUCUCGCACUUUGAGAGACUGCUGGAGAGUUCACUGGAGCCCCUGUCCUUCAUCGUGUUCAUCCCUGAGUGGCGGGAACCCCCAACCCCAGCGCUCACCCGCAUGGAGCAGAGCCGCUUCAAACGCCACCAGCUGGUCCUGCCUGCUUUCGAGCACGAGUACCGCAGUGGCUCCCAGCACGUCUGCAAGAAGGAGGAAAUGCACUACAAAGCUGUCCACAACACAGCUGUACUCUUCCUGCAGAAUGACCCUGGCUUUGCCAAGUGGGGGCCCACACCUGCACGGCUACAGGAUCUGAGCACCGCCUACCGGCAGUCAGCCCGCAGCCAUAGCUCUGGCUCCUCAUCGUCCUCCUCGGAGGCCAAGGACCGGGACUUGGGCCGUGAGCAGGGCCCUAGCCGUGAGCCACACCCCACUUAACACACUGUGUGGGAGGAGGAGCCCUAGGGGUGCUGGUAUGGACUGCUGGGACUCAGGCCUCAAGGGGCUGAGCAGACCCCAGGCUCCUCCCCCUGGGGUGGCAGCAGGACUCAGGCUGCCAGUGACGUAGAAAGAUUAUGGCUCUGCCAGGGCUCCCCCUUCCUGGCCCUAUCCCCUAACUUCCCAUUUCAAACUCACUCCAGGUCCCCUGUAAAUAGGCCCUGAUUGUAUCUCCCCCCAACCAUCCUGUUGCCACUUUGUUUCAUUUGUAAAAUGAAAUACAGAAACCACCCACAAGAAUCUGUGAGGGGGUCUUGAGGGCA